AUGGCUCGAGGAAAGUGGAUCGAUAAGAAGAAUGCGACACAUUUUCAACUUGUUCAUCGUCCUCAGAACGAUCCGUUAAUUCACGAUGAAUCUGCUUCGUCCAUGGUCCUAAAUCCCACCAAUGCCCCCAAUUUGAACAAAAUCAAAAAACUCGAAGAAUUAAACGCUGAGCUUGGUGCAGGUGUCGCACAUAUCAGAGAUAACGAAGGUGAAGCCGCAAACUACGGUGUUUACUACGAUGAUACCGAAUAUGAUUAUAUGCAACAUAUGCGCGUUUUGGGUCGUGGAGGUGGUGAAUCAACUUUUGUGGAAGCCACUGGACCAAAGAAUAAGAAUAAGGGGAAAGGAAAACAAACUUUGGAGGAUGCAUUGAGAGAUGCUAGUCUGGAAGAAAAGGCUGGAGCCGUUCUUGAUGAUGAGAUGUUGCCGUCCAAGAAUCUUCGAAAGGUUACCUAUCAAGCACAACAGAAUGUACCUGAUGCUUUAGCCGGUUUCCAACCUGAUAUGGAUCCAAGGUUGAGGGAGGUUUUGGAAGCCUUAGAGGACGAGGCUUAUGUAGACGAUGAUGACGAGAUUUUUGGAAAACUGGCACAGGAUGGGGAGGAAUUGGACGAUGAAGAGUUCGACGAAACUUGGGAUGAUGAAGAUGGAUGGGAAUCCGACGCCACCGCAAAACCUACGCAAGAAUACAAGGACGCACCUGUGACAACUCAAGAUAUUGAUAGUGAUGAGCGGGAGGAUCAUGGCGAUGGAGAUUGGAUGGCAAACUUCAGCAAAUUCAAAAAGGAUCAAAAGUCAAUCAAGGCUCAAGUUGCGCAAUCACAAGCCGACGUACAAUCAUCCUUAUUUACCACCACUACAAAUGGCGGAAGACACAAGAAGAGAAAGGGCGCUUUGACUAAUCCUUCCGCUUACUCCAUGACAUCGUCUUCAGUAUUCAGGACAGAAGGCCUUACUACACUUGAUCAGCGAUUUGAGAAAAUUGAGGAACAAUACAACGAGGAUUUCGAUGAUAUGGCCUCCGUCUCGAUGGCCUCGUCUUCGAUUUCUACUGUUGAGGGUGAUGUUCGUCAAGAUUUCGACAGUAUUAUGGAUGAAUUCCUGGGUACUCAUUCUAUGAGCGGUAAGACGAAUGUAAAGAAGAUGAAAUACCAGACUGGUAUGGAACAGCUGGACGAGGUUAGAAAGGGUCUCGGCCCGGCACGCUUCACCAGCUUCUCCAAUCGCUCCACUCGUACGCAAAAGGCUAACGCCAGAGGCGCACGAGGAAACUCAAAAAGUUCACGAGGAUCAAGAGGUCGCGGACAGACGGGUCGAGGAGCUUCAAAGAACUCCUCUGCUACUCCAUCUCCGAGCGCGACAACUACGGCGAAUCCCUUCGAAAAAGAGCGACUCGAGAAUGCUGCGAAGAGGGAACAACGAGGCCAAAACGGAACUACGACCAAUAACAGAGGAAGAGAAUCAUCGCGCGGCGAGUCGCAUACCAAUAAACAGGUUCGAUUCGCGACUUCACCAAUCGAGAACUCAGCUGGCUCGUCUGCCAGCGCAACGCCAUCAGAUAUGAAGACUUCUUCUGCCCUGGGGACUGCAACAUCUACACUCUCCAAUCCCUUCGCAUUCACAGGGAACAUAAAUUCGAAAACAUCAUCAAAGCUCUUUGGAGGAGCACCCACCGGACCCAGCGCCAAAACUACCUCGCCAUCACCUUUUGCUCCCUCGUCUAGCUCUAAUCCUCCAAAUACAAAUAAUUUCGGCCUUGCAACUGCAGCUCCAUCGACGGCUGUAAACCCAUUUGCCUCUUCAAAUACUAUUCGCACUGCUUCACCUUCGUCGAAUUUUGGUACCCCAUCAGGUGUCUCGACAACUCCUUUAUCUGCUCUAGUCAAUUCUCAAAAGCCAGGUAUCCUGAAAGCAACUAAAGGCGCGUCUUCGAAACAAGUCUCAUUCGAGGAGAAACCCGAAAAGCCUUUCCAGCAAAAUGCAUCGAAAGAGCCAUUUCAAUCAAGCAAUGGGUUCACGGAGAAAAAGAAUAAAGCGUCCAUUCAGUCAAAGGCAAGCUUCAAGAAUACCACAUCAACAUCCUUGGAAAUGGCCUCGUUCGGCUCGAGCAGUGAGCUAGCCAACAAUAUCAACACUCUUUUACGAAAAGAAAAAAUUUCACCACCACGAUGUGCCGCGAAUAAUCCUGGCGACCCACGCGAGAAGACGGCUGUAAUUACCUAUCUAGAUGAACUCAAGAAGUAUCGAACACGCGUCCGCGCAUCCCUUAUCCAAGGCGGCUUCAUCGAUGACCCGUCUAAACCCAAAAAGCUUAGCGAGGCUAUUGACUUCAAAGGGACAUGUGAUCAAAUGUGCCCGGAAGAAGAAAUCAUAAGAAGGAUCAUCGAAGAUGAUGUCCAGCGUUCAGAAAAGGAGAUGGUCCCCGAUGGAUCUAUGCGCCCUUCACCUCAGAUGAUGAUCAAGAAGUUGGCCAGAUCCGCUGCUGGAGAAGAUGCACCACUGCCUCAAGAUGUUCGAUCACCCGCUGCACUCAGACGAACACUUGACUAUCUCAUCGACACAGUUUUAGGAGAGGAUGAUAAUCUAGCAGCUCAGCAUGAAUUUCUCUGGGAUCGAACGCGAGCAAUACGUCGAGAUUUCGUAUUUCAAUCGUCAAUGAGUCCACCAGAGUUGACCGAUCAAGUUUACUGCCUCGAAAAGAUUACUCGGUUUCAUGUGACUGCGCUACAUCAGAUGUCAAAGCCUGAUGUCGCACCAGAGAACUUUGUGGAACAGCAAGAGGUUGAACAACUCAGCAAGUCUCUCCUUUCGCUCAUCCACGCCUAUGAAGAUUGCAAUCUUCAAAAUAUAUCUUGCGAGAACGAAGCGGAAUUUAGGGCAUAUUAUGUACUGCUCAAUAGUAGCAAUCCUGGAAUUUUGGAGACUGUACAAAAUUGGGGGUGGAAGUUUUGGGGAGAGUCAGAGCAAAUUAAGAUUGCCGUCGGUUUAGUUGAAUGUCUACAGAACACCUGGAGCCCUCGUGGUCCAUUACAACCAUUCUCGGUACUGAACGUCGCCCAAAAUGCCUUCUCCCGCUUCUUCACAAUAUUGAAAGGCCGAAAUGUGUCAUAUACCAUGGCUUGCUUCGCUGAGAUGCACUUCAAUGAAGUUCGAAAAAAUGCUUUGAAAACAAUAUUAUCGGCCUAUCAGCGACAGCGCGACCAACCAAAGGAUUGGAGUAUUGGCAAACUGAACCAAUAUUUGCACUUCGACGACCCAUGGGAUAUAGUUGACUUUGGUGAAUCAUAUGGUCUUCGAUUCGACGAGGUGGAUGACGAUUACUGCUUAUCAUUAGCACUAGAUAAUCAAGUCGUUGAACCCUUUCCUCCCAUCAAGCAACCUCAUUCUAGGGAGAUUGUCGAGCGAAAAUGUACUGGUUAUACUCUGACACAGGUGAUCGAUACGACUGUAUACGAAGGAGUAUCAGAAAUUACGAAUCAAGGUGAAGAUUCAAGUUCUGACGAUGGAUUGUUCGUGAAGGACAGCACUGGAGGGGUGAAAUCAUUACCUUCAGCAGGCACCAUUGCUGAACCGCCCAAAGCACCUGAACUUUCCAUUGCUCAGACAACACAGCAAGCCUUUUCAACCUCCCCCGCUACGCCAUUAUUUGGCUUUUCGUCUGCAAGCGAGACGAAUACCGCUACACCUUUUCUGGCAGAGAAGCCAAAGGAUGAAACUGCUCCUUCUGCUGCACCCACUCCAUUCACCCCACUUGCCCCCUUUAAAGUCACAUCAGCGAGUGCCCUACCCUCACCUAGGACUACAGAACCACCAAGGUCAACUUGGCCAUCCAAUAAUGCAGCAUCUCCGAAUCUACCCCAAACGACUCCUACAGCACCUCCAAAAUUCAGUUGGCCAUCGGACAACGCAGUGUCUUCGAACUUGCCACAAACAACUUCUACAGAAAUCAAAACAUUCAUUCCUCAAGCACCAGUUCCGCAAUUUACUCGACCCAAACUCAAUGAUUGGAGUUCUAGUUCCAAGCCUAUGCCUCAGUCCGUCUUUUCUGAGCCAGGAGGGCAGUCAUCCGUGCCCGAAUCCACUAAGGCCAGUACAUUUACUCCAACGCCACAACCUGACCUCAGCAACUUAUUCAAACCUGUCGUCAAAGUAGCCCCACAGCCGACUAUCCAAGCACUUGCACCUCACGUCUCUCCAUUAGACAACUUUGCCAAAUGGAUUGCCCUUGGGGAAGAUGGAAUCAUGGAACAAUUCAUGACAUAUACAGUCCAGAAUUUGGUGGAAGAGACGAUGGAAAUUUUUGUGAGAGAUGUGGCUGCAAAAGCAAGAAAAGAGGCCGAGCUUAUCGACGAAGAAGAGAAGAAAUUGGCACGAAAGGAAGCCGAUGAUUUCCGAAGUAACGCUCUAGCUGUGAAAUAUUGUAACAUGUGGCGGGCUAAUGCCCAUCAUCUUUGGGUACGUCGACAGGGGAGCAAAGCUCGAAGAGCUCGGAUAGAAUACGCUGAAAGCAUGAAAGCUUCCAGGGCAGCAUUCUCGGCUAGUGUUGUUGAGGAUUUCAGAGUUUCGACUUCAAAGGGUAGAAAGCGGGUAAGCAGCCCUUUUAAGGAUCGACGAUUAAGUUUAGGAAGUCUCUUGGAGGAAACUGGGGUGCUUGCGGGUGUCCACAACCCAAAGGACAAGAUACGAGAAAUUGUGCAUAACGGACAGGCCGAACAUAUCAACAAACGAUUGAAGUCUUCCGUAUCUUCUAUCGCGUCGGAUUCGACUUCAAAUACACAUAGACGCAAUCAGUCGGACCAUUCUUUGCAACGUUCCCUACUCUCAGAUCCUUCGUUCUUAAACGGGGGAUCUCGGAUACAUCUUAUGCCCAGUUAUCGAGCUGCAGAUGAGACCCGGCCACAGAUCAGUGGCGUACAAACCGACUACUUUCGAUUGAAAGCUAGAGGCAUCACCACUCUUCCUAAUGGGACACCUCUCGCUACCUCUGUGGCAAAGGAUCCUCUACGUCUAAAGCAAUCUUUCGAUGGUAGUAGUAAGCCUAUUAGAUCUAGAAGAUCAUCGAUAUUGCCAAAAGAGCAACCGAUCCCAAGAAGUAGCCCUGCUAGAGUACCUGCUCAGCAAUUGCUUAUGCCUACACCGACUGAUGACGAAGAAAUUCAACGCUUGAAAGAGCGAGCUAGAGCGGUUAUGGCAGCUGAUUCUGGGAAAAAGUUACAAAAGCGUGGGUUGGAUGACGAUGAAGAUUUGUUUGAGAGAGCAAAGAGAAUUAGGGACAGGAUGGAUGAAGAUUCCGAGUGGCUAAGGCGAGAAGUUGAUAGGUAUUCGGAAAGCAGAAGUGGAUCAUGGUCAUAG